AUGGAAGAAGAAGCAAAUGAAGUAAAGAGCCAUGCCAAGCUAAGCUCCACCUCCAAGAACAAGGAGAUUUCAUUCAAGGCAAGUAAGAGCAAACAAGUUCAAGAAUCUAGCUCAAGUGAAGAUGAGAGCUCCGAAGAUGAAGCAAUGGCAUUCUUCGUGAAGAGGUUCAAGAAAUUCAUGAAGAAGAAGCAAAAUGCAAGAUUAAAGAAGAUGGAGAAGAGGCAAAAAGCUAUGUAUGCAUCUAUGAAUCUUCAGCCGCCUUGUUCUCCAAUCGCUUCCGAAGAAGAAGAAAGUGCACAAGUUGAGUUUGAAAACCCUUGGGUAUUGUAUGAUGAAGCCCAAGCUGCUGCCGAGAGCUCACAAGCCCAACACAUUGUUGACUCAUCUGACGAGGAAGAGGUCUAUGGAGGGAGUUCCUCCAAUGAUGGUGACAGUGAUGGUAGCGGGGACGAUGAUGAUGGAGAUGAGAUUUAUCAGGCAGGAAAUGAGUAG